GGAAGUGUAACGUCAGCCAUCUUGACUCUCUUUCACAGAGGACAGCUUGCUGCGUGCAAGAUGAGUUCCUUGAAGCUGCAGAAGAGGCUAGCAGCCUCUGUUAUGCGAUGCGGGAAAAAGAAGGUCUGGUUGGAUCCGAACGAAAUUAAUGAAAUCGCAAACACGAAUUCGAGACAAAAUAUCAGAAAACUGAUCAAGGAUGGUCUCAUCAUCAAGAAACCCGUCGCUGUACACUCGAGAGCUCGCGUUCGCAAGAACACCGAAGCUAGACGCAAGGGUCGUCAUUGCGGCUUCGGUAAGAGGAAGGGUACUGCAAACGCCCGUACGCCCCAAAAGGAUCUUUGGAUUCAACGGAUGCGAGUCCUUCGUCGCCUCUUGAAGAAGUACCGCGAAACGAAGAAGAUCGACAGACAUCUGUAUCACUCGUUAUACAUGAAAGCUAAAGGUAACGUUUUCAAGAACAAGCGAGUACUGAUGGAGUUUAUUCAUAAGAAGAAGGCGGAGAAGGCCCGUGCCGAGAUGCUGUCCGAUCAGGCCGAAGCUCGGCGCACGAAGGUCAGGGAGGCCCGUAAACGCCGUGCGGAACGCAUCGCGUCGAAGAAGCAAGAGCUGCUGCAGUCGUAUCAACGCGAGGACGAUGCCGCAAAGAAAUAAACUGCGCGAUUAUAUCUUAAGUAAAAAUUAUAAAUAAAAUGAAAAAAAAGGGAGAA